UGUAGUUGUUUGUUCAUUGCUUUAUAUUUAAUGCGUGAAAAGAAAGAGAGAGGCACCUUGUUGGAUUUGUCAUCUUUUGUAUAUCUUAUUUCUUUUCUUUCUUCUCUCUCUUGAUUAAUUAAGAGCUUCACCUUUCAUCCUGAUCAUUUCUUUUGGUUAUUUUCCCCUUUGCGGAGUAAUAUCUGCAAAUUGAUCUCCUCUAAAGUUUUCCUUUCUGGCAUAGCAUAGAAAGAAGCUAGCAGUUAACUAUGGACGGUUCUCUCCCUCCCAAAUUGGACACAGAGGUUACUGAGUCUGAACUCAAAUCAGAAACUGAAACUCAGGCUUCCAAAAGAAGGAAGGUGGUUGAGAAGACUGUUGUUAGAGUGAAAACUGGAGAAAAUGCUGGCAAGCUAAAGAAUGAAGGUCCACCUUCAGAUUUUUGGUCUUGGAGGAAGUAUGGACAGAAACCAAUUAAAGGUUCUCCUUAUCCAAGGGGGUACUAUAAGUGCAGCACAUCAAAAGGAUGCUCAGCUAAGAAACAAGUAGAGAGAUGCAGAACAGAUGCUUCAAUGCUUAUUAUCACCUAUACCUCUUCCCAUAACCAUCCAUGUCCUGAUGUUCACAGUAUCAAUUUGACCCAGCAAUUUAAGGAACCCGAAAUCCAAGAUAGUGAGGAUCACCCAACUACCCCAAAACAAGAACAACCACAAGAGGAAAAGGAAGAGACACAGAAUCAACCCACGGUCACUGUGACAACCAUUGAUGAAGAUGUAAGUGAAGAUCAAUUUCAUUAUUUGCAAUCCCCAAUAAGCUGUUCCCAAGACAUUAUGAUUAACCAAGAAGACCCUUUCACAGAGAAUCUAGAAAAAGAUCAUGACACACUGAGCCUUCUCUUGGAUGAAGAGCCCCUCUCUUAUCCAAAUCUCAUGACAUUUUCAACACCCAAAUCAGAAGAAAAUGACUUCUUUGACGAGCUUGAAGAACUGCCCACAUCUUCAGUUUUCAGUAGCUUCAUGAGAAGCAAUCUUUUCGAUGAAAGGAUUCCUGUUGUCCCUUCGUGAUCCAAGUGUUUUUUUUUUUUUUUUUUUAAGUGUUUGCAGCCUUAGCGAAAUUGUAAUUAAAAUGUUGAUAUAUGGGAUGCCCACUACUAUCAGUUUUACUUAGCA